GCAGCUCUGAGGCUGCUGCUUAAAGCCGUGUUAAAACCUCGUGCAUCAUGCUCGUGAAUGUUGCAUAUCCAGGUUUAAUACGUGACCAGGUCUUCCCUGGGCCGAGGCGAGGGCUCUGCCUUGUCAAACCGCCUCACCCUCGAGGGUUCUGAACCUGGUGCUUCCCCCCCUCGCCGACCCGUUCCGCGGUGCCGUGAGACGGCAGAGCGUUACCGGGUAACGGUAACAUGGCGUCCACCGACACAGCCGGUGCAGGGGAGCAAGAAGGGGACGUGGAGGAAGACGGCAGCGGGUUGGGGAGGAAGCGCCCACCUCCCGUCUCCUCUCUGUCUGCCUUCAGUUACAUCCCACCCCGGCGGGAAGGCCCGGCGGAGUUGAGCUACUUCCACCGGGUGCCCCAGACAGGAGGGGUUUCUACUUACGAUUCCAUUUUUAAGAGACCAGAAGGUUACAAUGCAAAACUUCAUCGAUGUGACAGAGAACAUGCAAGGAGUCGUGGCCUUAACGUUAAUGAUGAGGAAAUGGCAAGACCUGUCGCUGUUUUGUCAUCUUCAGAGUAUGGGAGACGCUUAAAUAAGGACGCAGAGCAGGAGAGCCGAAGUCAUGGAAGGGUUAAUUGCGUGCAGGCAGAAUUCUACAGGAAAAAUGGCAUCACCUGCUUAAUGGAAACACGUUCUCCAAGCCUGGAUCCAUGAUAAAAUCUCUUACAGCUAACAUUGCCAGCAACGUUUGUGUGCAAAAAAAAAAAAAAAAAAGACCUGUCAAAAUGCAAAA